UCCUCUCCGGGCAAGAUGGCGGGGGGCGAGGCUGGUGUGACUUUGGGGCAGCCGCACCUUUCUCGGCAAGAUCUCGCUACUUUGGAUGUUUCCAAGUUGACGCCACUUUCACAUGAAGUUAUCAGCAGACAAGCCACAAUUAAUAUAGGUACAAUUGGUCACGUAGCUCAUGGGAAAUCUACAGUUGUAAAAGCUAUUUCUGGAGUCCACACUGUCCGUUUCAAAAAUGAAUUGGAAAGAAAUAUUACAAUCAAACUUGGCUAUGCUAAUGCUAAGAUUUAUAAACUUGACGACCCAAGUUGUCCUCGGCCAGAAUGUUACAGAUCCUGUGGAAGCAGCACACCCGAUGAGUUUCCUACAGACAUUCCAGGGACCAAAGGGAACUUCAAAUUAGUCAGGCAUGUUUCCUUUGUUGACUGUCCUGGCCACGAUAUUCUGAUGGCUACUAUGCUGAACGGUGCCGCAGUGAUGGAUGCCGCUCUUCUGUUGAUAGCUGGUAACGAGUCUUGUCCUCAGCCUCAGACAUCUGAACACUUGGCUGCUAUAGAAAUCAUGAAACUGAAGCACAUUUUGAUUCUACAAAAUAAAAUUGAUUUGGUAAAAGAAAGCCAGGCUAAAGAACAGUAUGAACAGAUCCUUGCAUUUGUUCAAGGUACAGUAGCAGAAGGCGCUCCUAUUAUCCCAAUUUCUGCUCAGCUAAAAUACAAUAUUGAAGUUGUCUGUGAGUACAUAGUAAAGAAAAUUCCAGUACCCCCAAGAGACUUUACUUCAGAACCCAGACUUAUUGUUAUUAGAUCCUUUGAUGUCAACAAACCUGGCUGUGAAGUUGAUGACCUUAAAGGGGGUGUAGCUGGUGGUAGUAUUCUAAAAGGAGUGUUAAAGGUGGGCCAGGAGAUAGAAGUCAGACCUGGUAUUGUUUCCAAAGACAGUGAAGGAAAACUCAUGUGUAAACCUAUCUUUUCCAAAAUUGUAUCGCUUUUCGCAGAGCAUAAUGAUCUUCAAUAUGCUGCCCCAGGAGGUCUUAUUGGAGUUGGAACAAAAAUUGACCCCACUUUGUGCCGGGCUGACAGAAUGGUGGGGCAAGUACUUGGUGCAGUUGGAGCUUUACCUGAGAUCUUCACAGAAUUGGAAAUUUCCUAUUUCCUGCUUAGACGGCUUCUAGGUGUUCGCACUGAAGGAGACAAGAAAGCAGCGAAAGUACAAAAGCUGUCUAAGAAUGAAGUGCUUAUGGUGAAUAUAGGAUCCCUGUCAACAGGAGGAAGAGUUAGUGCAGUCAAGGCUGAUUUGGGCAAAAUCGUCUUGACUAAUCCUGUGUGCACAGAAGUAGGAGAAAAAAUUGCACUUAGCCGAAGAGUUGAGAAACACUGGCGUUUAAUUGGUUGGGGUCAAAUAAGAAGAGGAGUGACAAUCAAGCCAACAGUAGAUGAUGACUGAAGAAUUAAAUAACAGAUUUGGAUGAAGUUGGAAUUUCUCUUAACAACCUAGGGGUAUAUUUUCAGAACAAUACUGGGAAAGUAAUUUCACAGCUCAUUACCUUAGUAGUAGCUGUAAGGUUAUUCUCAUUUUUUGGUGAUGAAAAUUUAACCUCUAGUACUGAAAUAGAGCCUACAAUCAAUGUAGAAAUUAGCAUCAUGUUGGAUUGAAUUUACAUUUUACCAGAAAUUAAUCAUUCCCAAAUAAUGUCUAAUUUAUAUGUCAGUGCAGAUUUGAAAGGAAACUGCUACAACCAGACUUUGCUGUAGUAGACAUACCACUGAACCUGUUUGAAAUAAAGUCUUUGUUCUUAUUUUUCAUGAUUCAUCUUUGAGUAGCUCCAGGUUUGAAGGAUUGUUGUAGCAGUAAAAACUUGACAAAUUUUUAAAGACCAACUUCCCUUUCCCCAUAUUUUAUGUUGCUGUAUUUUUUUUUUAAUUUUGAGUGAAAAUAGAUUCAAAUAAAAUUAUCCUUUCAGGCAUGAGGGCUUGUUUCCAUGGACAUGACCUUUCUCUCCCCUUUCCCUUUCUGGACUAGAGCACAGGAAACUAGAGCCCGAAGUUUUCAGCUACUCCACCUGGUGCCCUGCGAUUGUCUCUGCAUUGCUUUACGCCUGAAACCCUGCAGCCUUCUCCCAUUGGAAAGUAUUGUAAACACCAGUUGAUUUUAGUUAAGUAGCAAAGAUCUUUCCAGGCUUUAUUUUAUGUUUUAUCUUAGCAGCCUAAUUGAUAAGAUUAUGAUAUAUAUCCUAAUAUUAGUAAUCUUUGGUAGUUCGAGGAGGUAGCAAAGGGUGAGCCCUUUGGGUUUUAACUUACUCUCCCUUUUCCUAUACUUUUCCUGUGCUGUGCAUUUUAAUUUUGCUUAUUUUAUCUUUCAUAAAAUUCUGUUGAAGCAGUGGUUCUUAACGGGCUGAUACUAGCAUUGUUGGAGAAGUUUUUUAUUUUUUUUAAAAAGUGCUCCAUGGAGAUUCUGGUUUUAAUCGGCUUUGGAUGGAGCCCAGGCGUUAUUUUUUUUUAAAGCUCCCCUGUGUUGAAAAACAAAUUUAGAGAGUCGAGAAGUAGGUUUGUCAAAUAACACAGAUUCUUACUAUGGGUAGUCUGAUAAUACUCUUUAUUUUUCUUAAAUUUGCAUUUCAUGUAGGACUUGAUGCCGCAGUUGUAGCCUUGUGCUCUUUUGGGCAUUGAACAUGCUGACAUGUAGAAGUUUAAAAGCUCUGACUCUGGUUGUUAACAUAAGUUUUGAGGAAGCAUAUUAAUAUUACAUAGUUGCUUGACUUUGAAAGGUUGCAUUAUAGCAUGAGAAACACAGUUUAAUGAAGCAAAAUUUUAAUCCAAACUUUGAUUUUAUGUCUAACCUAAGCACCUUCUACCUGAAGUUCUGGAGUAACAUAAGACCCAAGUUGACUUGUUUAUUGUAAUUAAUCUCAUGUCAGAACUAUUUCAGACAUGCACAUGACUUUCAACAAAUUUGCAAAGCACUGUAA